AUGCAAAACUACAUCAUAUCUUUAUUUAUACCAAUCUCCCCUCUCAAGUUUCUUAUAUCAAAACAAUUUUCUCUUGUCUUUCUUAAAAAAGUUUUCAUCAUGUCUCAAUCGCUUAUGCGUUUGAAUUUUCUCUUGCUGCUCUUGCUCUCUUGUGUCUCCCCUUCAAGCUUCUACACUUUUAAAAAGCCUGUUGUUGGUCUUGUUGCCUGUGGGCCUCAACAGAUUCAAGCAUUUACACAGUUUAAGAACGAGUUUGAUACUCAUGCUUGCAACCAUAGUGACUCCUUAAAUGGAGUUUGGUGCGAUAACUCCACCGGCGCAGUCACGAAGAUACGACUCAGGGGAUGUCUCAGUGGAACUCUUAAAUCCAACAGUAGCCUCUUCCAGUUUCAUCAGCUCCGUGCCCUUGAUCUCUCUGACAACAAGUUUACCCCGUCUUCAAUCCCUUCUGAGUUUGGAAAGCUCAACAAAGACUAUAGUAGACUUCAUAGAUCCUGUAAAAAAUCUUUGAAUAUACCUCUUUCAGUCUGCAAUAGAAGCUCGCUGAAUGUCCUUGAUCUAAGCUCCAAUUCCUCAUGUAUGAGUAACUUCUUGAUUUUGAGACUCCGGAAGAACAACUUAGAAGGAAGUAUUCCAGACAAGUGUGACGCCAACGCACCUCUACAGUCACUCGACGUCGGAUACAAUCGAUUAACUGGAAAGCUUCCAAGGUCCCUUCUAAAUUGCUCUGCUCUACAGUUUCUAAGUGUGGACCACAACAAAAUCGAAGAUACAUUUCCUUUCUCUCUUAAGGCUUUACCGAAAUUGCAAAUCCUUAUUCUCCGUUCAAACAAAUUCUACGGUUCUAUAUCUCCUCCUAAUAAUGGUCCUCUAGGGUUUCCUGAGCUACGGAUACUUGAGAUAGCUGAUAAUAAUUUUACCGGAAGCUUGUCCCCAGAUUUUUUUGUGAAUUGGAAAGCAUCAUCACUUACAAUGAAUGAAGAUUUGGGUCCAUAUAUGUCAUAUGCAACGUUAGUUUACAUGACCUAUAGAUUCUCCUAUCAGCAACCUAUGGAUCUACAUUAUAAAGGUCUAUCUAUGGAGGAUGAGAGGGUCUUUGCUUCUUACGCCACAAUUGAUUUUUCUGGAAAUAGACUUGAAGGAGAAAUUCCUGAAUCUAUCGGUCUCUUAAAGGCACUAAUCGCACUCAACUUGUCGAACAACGCCUUCACAGGCCAUAUUCCUCUGUCUUUGGCAAAUCUUAGGAAGCUCGAGUCACUAGACCUAUCCAGUAACCAACUCUCAGGGACUAUUCCUAAUGGAUUAGGGAAUCUUUCGUUUUUGGCGGACAUGAACGUGUCUCACAACCAACUCAAUGGUGAAAUACCACAAGGAACACAAAUAACUGGGCAACCUAAAUCAUCAUUUGAAAGAAAUGCAGGGCUUUGUGGUUUCCCUCUGGAAGAAAGUUGCUUUGGGACUAAUGCGCCACCAACACAACAACCUACAGAAGAGGAAGAUGACGAAGAGGAACAAGUGUGGAACUGGAAAGGUGUGGCAAUAGGGUAUGGGAUUGGAAUGUUACUUGGACUUGCUAUAGAACAAAUCAUUGCUUUGUACAAACCAGAAUGGCUAAUUUGUUUGAUGAAGUGUGGACAUCGUUAA